AUGGAUUCCAGGAGCCGAGUGAACAAAACUCAAGAGCUGAUGUUCCACCCGGACGCCAAUUCCUCCCAGUGCUGUACGGCUGGUUCGGUGGUGCUCGCUGACAGCUCCCUCCUCGGCCUGGAAGACAGCACAAAACUAAUUGGAGUGCAGGUUGUUCUUAUCCUGGCGUACAGCACCAUCAUCCUGCUGGGGGUCACCGGAAACUCCCUUGUAAUUUAUGUUGUGUAUAAAUUCAAAGCCCUGCGCACCGUGACAAACUUCUUCAUCGCGAAUCUCGCCGUGGCAGACUUACUCGUCAACACCUUGUGUCUCCCAUUUACACUGAUUUACACUCUGCUGGGGGAAUGGAAAUUUGGACAGAUUUUAUGCUUUAUGCUACCCUACGCUCAAGGCCUGGCUGUGCACGUUUCCACGGUAACUUUGAAUGUCAUUGCACUAGACAGACAUAGAUGCAUUGUUUAUCAUCUGGAGACCAAAAUGUCCAAGGAUAUGUGCUUCGUGGUCAUCGGUGUAACGUGGAUGAUCAGCGCCAUAUUAGCCAGCCCGCUCGCCAUCUUUCGAGAGUACGGAACGUUCGAUUUUUCUCCGGAACAGUCCAUCCAGGUGUGUACGGAGAAGUGGCCUGGCAGCAACAGGGACGGGACGGUCUACAGCAUAUCCACCAUUGUGCUGCAGUACGUGUUGCCGCUGUCAAUCAUCUCCUUUGCCUAUGUCAGGAUUUGGAAUAAGCUGAAGAACCACGUCAGUCCCGGGACGAGGAGCGAUCGACACAACAGGCGAAGGAAGACGACCAAGAUGCUGGUCACCGUGGUGGCUGUGUUUGCCGUGAGCUGGCUCCCUUUCCACGCCUUCCAGCUGGCCACCGACAUCGAUAACAGCGUGUUGGACAUGAAGGACUUUAAGCUGCUCUACACAGUGUUUCACAUCAUGGCCAUGUGCUCAACGUUUGCCAACCCAAUCUUGUACGGCUGGAUGAACAACAACUACAGGAUGGCCUUUGUCACCGUCUUCAAGUGUGACCGGAGACUCGACUGCGUCCACCCGGAGGGACGGGUUGCGGUCCGAGCCAAAAAGACCCUGGAUUCGGGAGACAUUAUAAAUGCAGAGCUACAUGCCACAAAUGUUUAA